UAGCUAGCAGUUUUGCUGUCUCAUCCAUCUCCCUUCUUUCUUCGAGCUGCUCUGUUUGUGGAAAAUGGCGGAUGCUAAUCAAGAAAACGCUACUUCACUCCUUUUGGACUAUGUCCCAAAAGAUGCAGAUAGCAAGAUCUUCGUUGUCCUCGGUGCAUCUGGUGAUCUUGCCAAGAAGAAGAUCUACCCAACACUGUGGAUGUUAUACAAAAGCCAGCUAGUACCAAAGCACACAAUAUUUGUUGGAUAUGCAAGAUCAAAAUUGACUGUUGCUGAUCUCCGCAAGAAGGCAGAACCCUAUCUGAAGGUUAAAGAUGAUGAGAAAGAUAAACUUGAUGCUUUCUUCAAAGCUAAUUACUAUGUUCAAGGUUCAUAUACUGAAGCCAGUGCAUACCAGAACCUUGAUGUUGAGCUGAAAAAAUUGGAAAAUGGGUUGAAAGCAAACAGAAUCUUUUACCUGGCUCUUCCACCUUCAGUUUUUAUGCCAGUCACUGAGAAUAUCAAGAAGUGUUGCAUGAGCUCAAGUGGUUACAAUCGAGUUGUUGUAGAGAAGCCGUUUGGACAUGACUCUGCCUCAUCUGCAAAGUUGUCUGAACAUCUUUCCUCACUCUUUAAUGAAGAGCAAAUCUACCGAAUUGAUCAUUACCUUGGCAAAGAAAUGGUUCAAAAUCUGAUGGUUCUAAGAUUUGGGAAUCGUAUCUUUGGACCAUUAUGGAACAGGGACAAUAUCCAAUGUGUUAUGAUUCAAUUCAAAGAAGACAUUGGCACAUAUGGUCGUGGUGGUUACUAUGACGAAUUUGGUGUCAUUCGGGACGUUUUGCAGAAUCACAUUAUGCAAAUCAUGACGAUUGUUGCCAUGGAAAAGCCACCAACAACAAGUGCUGAUGACAUUCGCGAUGAAAAACUUAAGGUUCUCAAAUGUAUGAAACCAUUUGAGCUUGAGAACAUGGUCCUGGGUCAAUAUGAAGGGGAUCCAGAAGGCAAGGGCGAGGCUGUCCAUGGGUACCUGGAUGACCCUACGGUGCCCAAAGGGUCUGUAACACCAACAUUUGUUUCUGCUGUGGGUUACGUCAGCAAUGAAAGAUGGGAUGGUGUACCAUUCAUCCUGAAGUGUGGCAAAGCAUUAAAUGAAAGAAAAGGAGAGAUUAGAAUACAAUUCAAGGAAGUUCCAGGCGACAUUUUUGAUGGAAAAUGCCAAAGAAACGAACUAGUUAUCCGAGUUCAGCCAAACGAGGCCGUGUACUGUAAGAUGAUGACGAAAAAGCCUGGUAUGUUCAUUGAUCCGUUGGAGUCAGAACUGGAUUUGACAUAUAACGAAAGAUUCCAGAAUGUGCAUAUGCCAGACGCCUAUGAUCGACUCAUCAUGGACGUAUUCUCAGGAAGUCAGCUUAAUUUCGUCAGAAGUGACGAAUUGAAAGAAGCCUGGAGAAUUUUCACACCUGUCCUGCAUAAAAUUGAAAAUGAGAAGAUAAAGCCACUCGCUUACAAGUUUGGAACCCGUGGUCCUAGCGAAGCAGACGAUCUUGUCAAGAAGCAUGGCUACACAUAUUCAGGAACGUACAAAUGGGUGCCACGAAAGUGAUCGAAGAGAGAAUAAAAACUGCCCAUGCACAAAAAGGAAUGCACAACCACUCGCAAAGUUGAUCUAAUUGAUUUAGGUCAAAUGGUUUUAAUUUUUGUAAAACUAGAAUAAAAAACAAGAAAAUAUCAGAUGUAAACAAAGAAAAAUUUCUUAAAUUAAUUGCAACGAACUGUCAUUUAAGAACUGCCAACUUUGGUGGUAACCCUUAUGGACAUUACUUCCAGCAAAAAGGAUCCGAUUAAGGCACCACCCACCCAACAUCAAUCACGAAAUAGUUGCAAAAUCUAAACUCAAUAUUUUGUAUCAUUAUAAUUAGUUUAAUUAAUUUUAUGGAAAUGAAGGUCUGCACAAUUUC